CCCCCCCCCCCCUUUAUUUCUUCCGGUCAGGACGGUCGGCUGAGGACGGGCGACCACAUCCUGCGCAUCGGGGACACGCCCACUCAGGGCCUGGCCAGUGACCAGGUGGUGCGUGUGCUGCAGGGCUGCGGCAGCCGCGUCCGGAUGCUCAUCGCCCGCGACCCCCUCGGAGAGCUCCGCCCCGCUCCGCCGCCCCCCCCGGCCCCCGCCACCGCGCCCGUCUCCGCCCUGCCCCCACUCCCACCCGUACCGCCUCGCAGGGGGAGCAAGACUGUAAGUGCCAGAAAUGCAGACUUGGGGCUCGGCAUGCUGAUGGAAGAGCCAAACCUGGAGGGGUACGAGAUCCACGAGGUGUCCCUGAAGAAGAAGGAGGGCCAGAGCCUGGGCAUCUCCAUCGUGGGCUAUAACGCCCUGACCAGUGAAAACGCUGUGGGAGUUUUUGUGAAGUACGUUGUUCCGGGGAGCGCCGCUGAGCAGAGUGGGAACAUCAGAGUCCAUGACAGGAUAAUAGCGCUGGACGGGGUGAGCCUACACGGCUUCACCAACCAGGAGGUGCUGGAGGUGAUGAAGCAGACUGGUCAGACGGUCAACCUGACCCUGGUCAGGAAGAUGGCCUCCAAGGUGAAGCCCACUGCUGUGGAGAGAUCUCUGGACAAAGUGGAGAGGGAGUCCUCGAGGGUGUCUCUGAGGAGGUCAGUCGAAAUCAAGGUGCGAUCGGAAGUGCCGAAGGGCCCGCCGGUGGAGCCCGCGGACGUCGGCCCCGCCGGGAUCAGACAGCAGCUGGCGGAAGCGCCAGACCAGGUGUCUUUGACAGAGAGGGAGCUGCGGGCCAAGUGGGAACAGGCCCUUGGGCCAGAUUACAGCGUCUUGGUCGUGGAACUGGACCCUGUCAUUGAAGAUGAUGCCGAGCUCCAGAAGUACUCAAAGCUUCUCCCAAUCCACACCAUGCGUCUGGGGGUGGAGCUGGACUCCUUUGACGGACAUCACUACAUUUCCACUGUGGCCCCCGAGGGCCCUGUGGCCAAGCACGGCCUGCUGAGGCCAGAGGACGAGCUUCUCGAGGUGAACGGCGUGCAGCUGUACGGGAAGACCCGGCGGGAGGCGGUGGCCUUCCUCAGGGAGGUGCCCCCGCCCUUCACCCUGGUCUGCUGCCGUCACCUCACCGAGGAGGGCGGCGAGUUCCGCGCCGAGGAAGAGGAGGAGCCGCCGCAGGACUGGAGCUCCGCCAGCCCCACGGCCAGCCUGCAGGAACAGAUUCAGAGUGACCCCCCCGUGUGGGCAGAGCCCGGCUCCCCCUGGCCUAGCGAGGCUGAGCCCGGUCCGGAGGAGGUCCUCGCAGAGCGACCCGAGGAGCCUGAGGAGCAGCCCCAGCCUGCGGAGGAGGCGCUCCUGGAGGAGGACGAGGGGGAGCUGGCCCUCUGGUCCCCCGAGGUCAAGGUGCUUGAGCUGGAGAAGGGAGAGCAGGGCCUGGGCUUCAGCAUCCUGGAUUAUCAGGAUCCGCUGGACGUCGCGCGCUCGGUCAUAGUCAUCCGCUCCCUGGUGCCCGGGGGCGUCGCCGAGACCCACGGCGGCAUCCUCCCCGGCGACCAGCUGGUGUUCGUCAACGACACGCACCUGGACACCUGUCACCUGCCGCAGGCCGUGGAGGUGCUGAAGGCCGCUCCUCCCGGAAAGGUGUACCUGGGCAUCCGGAAGCCCCUGGUGACGGAGGAGGCUCACGAUGAUGGAUGGGUGGAGCCGGAGGUGGAGUCCACUGGAGGACGGGCUGAAGAGACGGAGGACAGGGAGUCCCUCAGACAGAAGAGCUCUCCUGUCCCUCAGAGUUUCGCUGAUGAGGCUCCCAGCCCGCAGGAGCUGUCUGAGGAGCCGGAGUGGGUCCUGGACGGCUCCUUCUCCUGCCCCCGCUACUCCUCCCCCCCGGCUGCUGCCCAGGCCACGCCCGGCGGGGAGAGGGAGAUGGCGGUGGACGAGGACGAAGAGGAGGAGGAGGAAGACAAGGACAUCGGGUCCGAGGAGGAGGACGAAGCGCCACCCGUGUACCCCGAGCGCGACUCUCCCGUCUGGGGAGGACAGGCGGAGCUUGCUCCCGUGGACCCGCCCUCCAUACAGGUCGACCUGUCCCAGCAGGAGGCAGAGGAAGAGGCCGAAACCCUGGCGGAGCUGCAGGCCGCUGGGCCGGGGCUGGAGCACAUAACCCUGCUGCAGGAGCUGUCUGCUGGGAUGUGGCGGGAGACCGGGGAGAGCGACGUGGACUCCGACUCCAGGAACGGAGGCUCCGAGCUCACCCUGACGGACACGGAUACUGAAUCUGUCCAAUCGGCUGCUCAGGAGAAGGGAAAGAGGAGGAGCCAGGGUGCAUCCAGGCCAUCUAUCCGAGGAGGAUACAGAGACUUACCUGAGAGAGAGGAGGGAGAAGGAGAGGAAACGCCCGUGUUCAGUCACUGGGGUCCCCCACGCAGGGUGGAGGUGUGGCAGGAGCCGCAGGAGUCUCUGGGCAUCAGCAUCGUUGGCGGCCGCACCGUGAUCAAGCGUCUGAAGAACGGCGAGGAGCUGAAGGGCAUCUUCAUCAAGCAGGUGCUGCCAGACAGUCCCGCUGGGCGCACUCAGGCCCUCAAGACCGGAGACAAGAUCCUGCAGGUGUCAGGGGUCGACCUGUCGAACGCCAGCCACGAGGAAGCGGUGCAGGCCAUUAAAGGAGCCGGCAGUCCGGUGGUCUUCAUCGUCCAGAGUCUGUCUGCCACUCCGCGGCCUGUGUCCGUCAUGGCUCCCAGCCUAGGCAAGCACAAGGCCAAGAGAAAGGCCGCACAGAGCGCGUCCACAGGCAGCGCCCCUCCCCCGAUGCGGCUCCCUCCCCCUUACAGGCCGCCCGGGGGGCAGGCGGAGGAGGAGACGGCGGAGGUGGAAGAGGAGGAGCUGGACAGAGCCAGAGAGCGGAUCAGGCAGAGGUAUGGGGACCUUCCGGGAGAGCUGCUGCUGGUGGAGCUGGAGAAGGACCGGCAGGGCCUGGGGCUCAGCCUGGCGGGAAACCGCGACCGCUCCUGCAUCAGCAUCUUCGUGGUGGGCAUUACCGCCAACGGGCCGGCGGGCAGGGACGGCCGCAUCCGCAUCGGGGAUGAGCUCCUGGAGAUCAACAACCAGGUCCUGUACGGUAGAAGCCACCAGAAUGCGUCUGCCAUCAUAAAGAGCGCCCCCGCCAAGGUCAAACUUGUUCUGGUCAGGAACGAAGACGCUGUCAAUCAGAUGGCCGUGCCGCCCUUCCCCGCCCCCCCGCCGCCGAUCUCGUCCAAUGAGUCCCUCCACAAUGCUGCGGCGGUCCUGCCGCCCGCGGACAAGCCCCAGCCCCCCGAGUCUCUGCCCCUCAGCAGGGCUCUCCCAGAAUCCUCUCUGGCCAAGGAGCAGGUCGGCGCGGCGUCUGGCGAGAGCGUGGAACCCCCUCCCCUGGAGUCCGCCCUGAAGAGCCUCAGCGACGGCGAGUCCGUCUCCAAGAAGCUCAAGUCCUCGGAGAAGAGCGUGGAGUCGGACAGCGAGCUGGCGGCGAAGCCUGCACUGGAGCAGAGCGUCGUCUUUUCGAAGGCUUCUAAGACCUCCAGCAAGCUACCCUCGGGCGUUUUGGACAGGGCUGUGUCUCUCCCGGCACCCCCUCCCCCCUCCUGCACCAGCCCCGACUUCCAGUACUGCAGUCGAGACCCCGCCACGUGCCCCAUCGUCCCGGGGCAGGAGACGGUCAUCGAGAUCUCCAAGGGGCGCUCCGGCCUGGGGCUCAGCAUCGUGGGGGGCAAAGACACGCAGCUGGAUGCCAUUGUGAUCCACGAGGUGUACGAGGAGGGGGCUGCCGCUCGCGAUGGGCGGCUGUGGGCUGGAGAUCAGAUCCUGGAGGUGAACGGGGUGGACCUGCGGAGCGCGGCGCACGAGGACGCCAUCGCCGCGCUGAGGCAGACUCCGCCCAAGGUGCGCCUGACCGUGCUGCGGGACGAGAGCCAGUACCGCGACGAGGAGAACCUGGACGUCUUCCGCGUGGAGCUGCAGAAGAAGGCCGGCCGCGGCCUGGGCCUCAGCAUCGUCGGGAAACGCAACGGGACGGGGGUCUUCAUCUCGGACGUGGUGAAGGGCGGGGCCGCCGACCUGGACGGGCGCCUGAUGCAGGGCGAUCAGAUCCUGUGCGUGAACGGAGAGGACAUGAGGGAGGCCUCUCAGGAGACGGUGGCGGCCGUCCUGAAGUGCGCCAAGGGGACGGUGCUGCUUGAGCUGGGCCGUCUGAAGGCUGCCUCCUGGAUCUCAUCCAGACGCACCUCCCAGGGAAGCCAGAUGAGUCACGCCAGUGGCAACAGCGCCGGCACGACGCCCCUGGCCCCAGGCUCCGCCCCCUCCGCGUCACAUUUCCUCAACAACGCCAGGAGGCCCGCGUCUGAGGCUGCGAGGAAGACCCCAGGUCCCGACACCGGACUGCGCGCUGUGGAGAUAACCCGGGGUCCCACUGACGCUCUGGGCAUUAGCAUUGCGGGGGGCAAGGGGAGCCCCCUGGGGGACAUCCCCAUCUUCAUCGCCAUGAUCCAGGCCAAUGGGGUGGCAGCAAGGACACACAGACUGAAGGUGGGGGACCGCAUCGUGAGCAUCAACGGGCAGCCCCUGGACGGCCUGUCCCACGGGGACGUGGUGAACAUGCUGAAGAACGCCUUCGGCAGCAUCUCUCUACAGGUGAUUGCUGACACUAACAUCAGUGCCAUAGCCAGUCAGGUGGAGAGCAUGUCCACAGGCUCCGGAGUGCCCACCACCCCAGAGGCCCAGGCAGAGGCUGAACCCCCGCAGGCCAAAACCAUCGCCCUGGAGAAGGGCUCCGAGGGGCUGGGCUUCAGCAUCGUGGGCGGGUUCGGCAGCCCCCACGGAGACCUGCCGAUCUACGUCAAAACCGUCUUCAGCAAGGGGGCAGCGGCGGUGGACGGGCGGCUGAAGCGGGGGGAUCAGAUCCUGUCGGUGAACGGCGAGAGCCUGGAGGGGGCGACGCACGAGCAGGCCGUGGCCGUGCUCAAGCGGCAGAGGGGCGUGGUCACUCUGGCGGUGCUGUCCUAACGCCGUCACCAUGGGAACACCGGGAACUGGGCCAGAGUUGCAGGCACACACACUGAUGGGGGAGUGGGGGAGUGGGGGGGGGGGGGGGUGGCAAGAGGGACAGCAGCACCCAACUGCUCAUCCUUAUCUGUCCACUCUAACAAGGGCUUCUGGAGGACCUCAAACAUUUAGGGAUUGGGGUUCACCUGGGGGGUGGGGGGGUGGGGGGGUUUGAUGCCACAUUGGGACAGUAGGAUCCUUAAACAAAAAGUGUUGUCUCGCGCUUCGACCACACUGGCCCUGCAGGUGGCGCUGUUGUGCUGGGACUAGGUGGCCAGAGGGGGCUGAUGACAGUGGCAGUGCCGCGGCCCUGUUCCGUCCCCUGUCCCAGCGCCCUCGCCUCUCCCCUUGGUUUGUGCUGAUUCACGGCGGCGCGGUUUGACUCAGUACAAAACCAAGGGAAUGGGAGAGGGAACCUUAGUCCAGCCCUCUCAGCCCUGUCUUAAUAUCCUGGCUCCUCCCACUUCCGAAUACCGCAGUGCGUUAACGUGGAGCCUGCUGCUCUCUGGCCUCUGACACCCGGCGAAGACGCAGGAAACCAGCGCGUGCGAGAACUGUCCUUCCCUUAACAGCUGAGCACUUCCUGUACAGUGCUGGAGCGUGUCACGUGAGUGCUGCUAGGCAGCUCCAGGACUGUAGUGAGCGAUGUCACCGAUCACAAGAGGUGCCCCUGCAGCUUGAGGGAGGGGUUUUGCAGUCAACGUCACCCAGUCACGUUCUGGAGGGGAGGAGUUGCCCACACACAGUACCUCCAAAUCAGCUGAUCCCUUUAAGCACAUGACGGUCCACACAUUCGCGUGCUCUUGUUGUAGCAUCUCCUGUGUAGAUGAGGGGUGUUUUUAACGCAUUCCAGCUCUCAAACCAGUGUGUUCAACUGUUUUGUGUCCGUUUCGUGGUCUGGGGAUGAGUGUGGCCAGAGACUUGAGUUAUGAAUAUAGCAGAUAUGACCAGAUAUUCUGAUAAUGUUUGCCAUGCAGCAAAAGGCCUGUGCCUGAGUUAUUUUUGUCCACAUGUGAACUGAAGACAGGUAGAUGGACAUGGAUUAACUGGUAGAAACGUUUGUACUGAAAGGCAUUGAUGCAACAACGUGUUUCAAAUGCGAAACGACGCUACAAGUGGAUAUUUUUAUGUAUGCAAAAUAUCUCGACUGCCUGUGCUCAGUUGCCAGUCUAUUUCCGGCAGCCCUCUCUAUCCAUUUACAAGGUCAAAUGUUUAGUAUGGUAACGCACUUGAGCCCUUGACAUAAGACUCUCAUAACACUCAUAAACAUAACAGAUGUCACACGAUGGCAUAACGGAUGACAUCAGCUUAUGUCAAAUGACAAAACUUUUUUAAAAUCUGCAAAUGUCUGUAACAUCUGCUAUAACAUUUACUUAUAAAAGUGAUGAACUGUCAUGUUAUUUCAUCUUGAAAUAGCUGUUAUGUCAUGUGUAUGACUGUGUUGUCUGCCUUAUGUCAAAGGGCUCAAGUAAAGUGUUGGCUUCUGUAAUAGUCAAGAAAACCCAUGGCCACUUCCAAAUAUCUCUGCUAAGAAAACAUCAAUGUAUAGCAUAGCACCAUUAACUUAUAAAGUAAGGUGUGGCAGGUUGAUUUUGUGAGUUGUUUGUUUAGAGAACAUCUGGCAAUAUCCACAUCAAAAUAUAAAUAUCGCGUCAAGUUGAAUCGGUGUGGUCUUUUUAAUGUCUCUCAGUAUAUCGAUGCAUUGGGAAACGUGAGUGUAGCACAGUUAGGGGUACAUAUAUUUUUUAUCUGGGUGAGCUGUGGAUCUCAGGAUGUGUUCAGUCACUUUAGAAGGUUUGAAAUUCCCUUUUCUCAGCUUGUCUGCACACACUUUGUUCAUAACUAUUGACUAUUUCUGUUGAGUCAGUUAAUUCGAAAAGGGCCUUUAGCAUUUCCGCACAGAACAAGCAGUCAGUUUUAAGAAUGGGCAGGAGGAGCAAAUGCUGUUUUUAAAUUUUAUUUUCCAGUGACCACUGAGACUGCCAUUUUAUUUCAAUACGUAAGUGUAAAUUAGUAUAUUUCACCUUAACGUUGAGUCGCAAAAACUUUUUAAAGGCUGGUUGUUAGUAUUAACAUUUAAUAAUAUUGUAGCUGUAGGGAAGUCCAAUACUUUUCACUUGUUUUAUUUUCUAAAUGUGUAAUUUAUUUCUUUCAUCAUGUCGAGCAUGUCGUAAUCAUUUCAUCUGCUGUUUUUAUUCUUUCGUGUGGGUUUGUUGGGCGCGUUACGCGCCCACCCGGCGUUCGGUUCUGUGCAUCUCGCCGCCGCUGACAAUGACAGGAAAUCCUGUCCCCGAGGUGACUGGACAGUCAUGUCGCGCUGACCCGCGAUUGCACACAGGAAGAGGCGCUGGUUCCACCGACUGCCGUUUGGAUUUCGCGGUCGUUACGCUCGAGUAACCUGCACAACGACUGCAGCAGAAACACGUCGCAGAACUCAACUGCACCCAUAUAAUAAAGACUGUAAAGACCCUGUAUGAUCCCCAUCGCGAAUAAGACAUGCCUUUUUGUGUACGUGUCUCUGUAGUGCCUCGUGUUUAAUUACAUAUCACCGUGCCAUGGAAAGCUUCAACUCCGUAGGCAGCAAGUGAAUACUUCACCUGCAAGCAGUCUUGUCACAACCCCAAGUGCCGUGGGUGUCUAGUUAAAUUUCCUUUAACAUUACGUUGGUCUUACGGUUGAGCCUCUUUUUUUACGCGUCCAUUUGUUUUUCGGGCAGCAGUAGCCUCGCCAGUCUCGUUCUCUCACAUUAGUAGCCAGGUUUACUUUUGCUGGGAUUCUUUGACGGCCGACAUAUCGGUGUUUUAGAUUUGUGUGCCUGACCCAGUUUUCUCUGGUGGUGUGUGUUCGCCUUCUUGUUUUGUAAUGAGGAAAGAGAACAGCAUGUCCUGAUCUUGGUCUUAAGAGCUGUAAACUGAAUCCUGUAACCCAGAAUACAGCAUUUCAAGCCACAUUAUUACUGACAGCUAGUCCCAUGUAGUGCCAUUGAAAUAUAUUUAUAUUGUCAUAUGUCAUUGAUUGAUGUAAGAUAUGUUUUCAGAUCCAAAGAAAUUAAAAUACAUAUAUUAGAUAUAUAAUGACAAAUGAAUGGAGCUGUAAUAAAAAAUAUAUGUGAAUAUUAAA